AUGCUUUUUGCCAUUGAGGAGAUUAACAACAGCACAGACUUGCUGCCUGGCAUCUCUCUGGGCUAUAGAAUGUAUGAUACUUGUCGAUCCAUUGCCAGAAGUGUGAGGGUUGUACUGGCUUUGGCUAAUGGUAAUGAAAUUGUAUCUGCACCAUCUGAGGCACCAUGUACCAGAACUGCACAGGUGCAGGCUAUUAUGGGAGAAACUUCUUCCUCUCCUUGUAUUGGAAUAGCUACUGUGAUUGGACAGUUUCAUAUCCCACUGAUCAGUCACUUUGCAACCUGUGCUUGUCUCAGUGACAAAACCAAGUACCCAUCCUUCCUCAGAACAAUACCCAGUGACUACUACCAGAGCAGAGCUCUGGCCCAGCUGGUCAAGCACUUUGGUUGGACUUGGGUUGGAGCUAUCAGAACCAAUGAUGAUUAUGGUAAUAAUGGGAUGGCUACAUUCAUAGAAACUGCACAGCAGCUGGGAAUCUGUCUGGAGUACUCUGUGUCUUUCUUUAGAACAGAUCCACCAAAUAAAGUACAAAAGAUAAUUGACAUUAUCAAGGCUUCCACCUCCAAGGUGAUUGUCGCUUUCCUCUCCCACAAGGAUAUGGAUGUGCUUAUACGUGAGUUGUCCCGCCACAAUUUGACUGGAUACCAGUGGGUAGGCAGUGAGAGCUGGAUCUUAGAUUCCCAAACUGCAGAACUGGAUACACAUCAUAUUCUGGAUGGUGCCAUAGGCCUGUCCAUCCCCAAAACACAUGUCAGCGGCAUGAGAGAGUUCAUACUGGAUGUGAAGCCACUCAAUUCAUCUAGUAAUGAAAUUUUUACAGAGUUCUGGGAGACGUUAUUUAGCUGUAAGUUCAAGCAGUCAGAGUCAUCAGCAGAGAAUCAGAGAGAAUGUACUGGACAUGAAGAUUUGACUGGAGUGCAUAACAGUUUCACUGAUAUGUCCCUCAUGCCUAUAUUUAACAAUGUUUACAAAGGAGUGUAUGCUGUGGCUCAUGCACUUCAUAGUAUUCUGGGCUGUAAUGAAACAUGUAACAAGAAGGUGCAGCUAGAUCCAUUCACGAUUUUACAGCACAUAAAAAAGAUUAGGUUCAAAACAAAGGAAGGAGAUGAAGUUUUCUUCAAUGAGGACGGAGACGCAGCAGCAAAGUAUGAAAUUAUAAACUGGCAGCCAAGAGAAAAUGGCAUUGUGGACUUUGUCACAGUUGGUCUCUAUGAUGCAUCUUUACCUGCAGAAAAGCAGCUGAAUCUGCACAAUAAGACUUUAAUUUGGGCAAAGAACUCAACACAGGUGCCUGUGUCAGUCUGCAGUGAGAAAUGUCCCCCAGGAACUCGUAAGGUUCUCCAGAAAGGAAAGCCUGUCUGCUGCUAUGACUGUAUAAGAUGUGCAGAGGGAGAAAUAAGCAACAUUACAGACUCUGUCAGCUGUGUGAGAUGCCAACCUGAAUUCUGGUCAAAUGAGAGAAGAGAUGCUUGUGUAAAGAAGGAGGCAGAGUUUCUGUCAUAUGAAGAAAUUAUGGGAGCACUGCUCAUUACGGCAUCUCUAUUUGGAACAUGCAUGACUGCAGUUGUUGCAUUCAUUUUUUUCAGACACAGGAAAACUCCUAUUGUCAGGGCCAACAACUCUGAGCUGAGCUUCCUGCUGCUCUUCGCCUUGACUCUGUGCUUCCUGUGCUCUCUGACCUUCAUCGGCCGGCCCUCUGAGUGGUCCUGCAUGCUGAGACACACAGCAUUCGGCAUCACCUUUGUCCUGUGUAUCUCUUGUGUUCUGGGGAAAACUAUAGUGGUGUUAAUGGCCUUCAGGGCCACACUUCCAGGCAGUAAUGUGAUGAAAUGGUUUGGACCUGCACAGCAGAGACUCAGUGUUCUGGCUUUCACUCUCAUACAGGUUGUUAUAUGUAUCAUGUGGUUAACAAUUUCUCCUCCUUUUCCAUUGAAGAAUUUUAAGGACUUCAAGGACAAAAUCAUCUUAGAGUGCGCUCUGGGCUCAGCUCUGGGCUUUUGGGCUGUACUUGGGUAUAUAGGAGUUCUGGCCAUGUUAUGUUUUGUUCUUGCUUUUCUGGCUCGGAAACUGCCUGAUAACUUUAAUGAAGCCAAAUUUAUCACCUUCAGCAUGUUGAUAUUCUGUGCAGUGUGGAUCACUUUCAUUCCAGCAUAUGUCAGCUCUCCUGGGAAGUUCAGUGUUGCUGUGGAAAUAUUUGCUAUCCUGGCCUCCAGCUUUGGACUGCUCGUUUGUAUUUUUAUUCCAAAAUGUUACAUUAUCUUAAUGAAACCAGAGAAGAAUACAAAAAAGAAUAUGAUGGUGAAGGCAGCACCAAAGGUGCUCGAGGGUUCAUGGGAGUUCGCCCAACCAGUCCACAUGUGUUUUGUCGACCUGGAGAAGGCGUCCGACCGUGUCCCUCAUGGCAUCCUUGUUGUCCUGUUGGCUCCAUCAAACCAGGACCUUCAGCAUGUACUGGGGCAGUUUGCAGCCGAGUGUGUAGCGGCUGGGAUGAGAAUCAGCACCUCCAAGUCCGAGGUCAUGGUUCUCAACCGGAAAAGGGUUGUUUGCCCUCUCCAGGUUGGAGGAGAGUUCCUGCGUCAAGUGGAGGAGUUCAGUGGGUUAGUCCUCUCAGACAGAAUGACGUCCACACAGAGUUGGCCUGAGCGAGGUUGGGCACUGUUACAGUUGUUGUUAGUGGCGUCUUUCUCUCAGGCUGAGGAGCCGGUGUGCAGGCUGAGAGGGGAUCCUGAGAGUCCUCAGCUGUCUAAGGACGGGGACAUUAUGCUGGGGGGAAUCUUCUCUUUCCACAGCAGCUGGAAGGAAAGAAGAGAUACCUACAUGCACAAACCACUGCCACUGGAAUGUAUCAGUUUGAAUUUCAGAGAGUUCCAGUUUGCCCAGGCUAUGCUUUUUGCCAUUGAGGAGAUUAACAACAGCACAGACUUGCUGCCUGGCAUCUCUCUGGGAUAUAAAAUGUAUGAUUCUUGUAGAUCCAUUGCCAGAAGUGUGAAAGUUGCACUGGCCUUGGCUAACGGUUAUGAAAUUGUAUCUGCACCAUCUGAGGCACCAUGUACCAGAACUGCACAGGUGCAGGUCAUUAUGGGAGAAAGUUCUUCCUCUCCAUGCAUGGGUAUAGCUACUGCUAUUGGACCUUUUCAUAUCCCAUUGAUCAGUCACUUUGCCACCUGUGCUUGUCUCAGUGACAAAACCAAGUACCCAUCCUUCCUCAGAACAAUACCCAGUGACUACUACCAGAGCAGAGCUCUGGCCCAGCUGGUCAAGUAUUUUGGUUGGACUUGGGUUGGAGCUAUCAGAACCAAUGAUGAUUAUGGUAAUAAUGGGAUGGCUACAUUCAUAGAAACUGCACAGCAGCUGGGAAUCUGUCUGGAGUACUCUGUGUCUUUCUUUAGAACAGAUCCACCAAAUAAAGUACAAAAGAUAAUUGACAUUAUGAAGGCUUCCACCUCCAAGGUGAUUGUCACUUUCCUCUCCCUCAAGGAAAUGGAUAUGCUAAUACGUGAGUUGUCCCGCCACAAUUUGACUGGAUGCCAGUGGGUAGGCAGUGAGAGCUGGAUCUUAGAUUCUCAAACUGCAGAACUGGAUAAGCAUCAUAUUCUGGAUGGUGCCAUAGGCCUGUCCAUCCCCAAAACACAUGUCAGCGGCAUGAGAGAGUUCAUACUGGAUGUGAAGCCACUCAAUUCAUCUAGUAAUGAAAUGUUUACUGAGUUCUGGGAGACGUUAUUUAGCUGUAAGUUCAAGCAGUCAGAGUCAUCAGCAGAGAAUCAGAGAGAAUGUACUGGACAUGAAGAUUUGACUGGAGUGCAUAACAGCUUCACUGAUAUGUCCCUCAUGCCUAUAUUUAACAAUGUUUACAAAGGAGUGUAUGCUGUGGCUCAUGCACUUCAUAGUAUUCUGGGCUGUAAUGAAACAUGUAACAACAAGGUGCAGCUAGAUCCAUUCACGAUUUUACAGCACAUAAAAAAGGUUCACUUCAAAACAAAGGAAGGAGAUGAAGUUUUCUUUAAUGAGGACGGAGACCCAGCAGCAAAGUAUGAAAUUAUAAACUGGCAGCCAAGGGAAAAUGGCAUUGUGGACUUUGUCACAGUUGGUCUCUAUGAUGCAUCUUUACCUGCAGAAAAGCAGCUGAAUCUGCACAAUAAGACUUUAAUUUGGGCAAAGAACUCAACACAGGUGCCUGUGUCAGUCUGCAGUGAGAAAUGUCCCCCAGGAACUCGUAAGGUUCUCCAGAAAGGAAAGCCUGUCUGCUGCUAUGACUGUAUAAGAUGUGCAGAGGGAGAAAUAAGCAACAUUACAGAUUCUGUCACCUGUGUGAGAUGCCAACCUGAAUUCUGGUCAAAUGAGAGAAGAGAUGCUUGUGUAAAGAAGGAGGCAGAGUUUCUAUCAUAUGAAGAAAUUAUGGGAGCACUGCUCACUGCAGCGUCACUGUUUGGAACAUGCAUGACUGUAGCUGUUUCAUUCAUUUUUUUCAGAUACAGGAAAACUCCUAUUGUCAGGGCCAACAACUCUGAGCUGAGCUUCCUGCUGCUCUUCUCCUUGACUCUGUGUUUCCUGUGCUCUCUGACCUUCAUCGGCCGGCCCUCUGAGUGGUCCUGCAUGCUGAGACACACAGCAUUCGGCAUUAUCUUUGUCCUUUGUAUCUCUUGUGUUCUGGGGAAAACUAUAGUGGUGUUAAUGGCCUUCAGGGCCACACUUCCAGGCAGUAAUGUGAUGAAAUGGUUUGGACCUGCACAGCAGAGACUCAGUGUUCUGGCUUUCACUCUCAUACAGGUUUUAAUUUGCAUACUCUGGCUGACAAUCAACCCUCCGUUUCCUUUCAAGAAUUUGUUGCUCUAUAAGGACAGAAUAAUCUUAGAGUGCAAGCUUGGCUCAGCUGUAGGCUUCUGGGCUGUGUUAGGAUACAUAGGGCUCCUGGCUGUCCUGUGUUUCAUCCUUGCUUUUCUGGCUCGGAAACUGCCUGAUAACUUUAACGAAGCCAAAUUUAUCACCUUCAGCAUGUUGAUAUUCUGUGCAGUGUGGAUCACUUUCAUUCCAGCAUAUGUCAGCUCUCCUGGGAAGUUCAGUGUUGCUGUGGAAAUAUUUGCUAUCCUGGCCUCCAGCUUUGGACUGCUCAUUUGUAUUUUUAUUCCAAAAUGUUACAUUAUCUUAAUGAAACCAGAGAAGAAUACAAAAAAGAAUAUGAUGGGGAAGGCAGCACCAAAAUCAUUCUGA